AUUACGUUUUUGCAACACAAGUGUGGUUGUAGAAAUGUAGUUAUAUGCUUUUCAAUUUAAAUAAUUUAAAGUUACAUCGUUUUCUUUCCAUUUUAUUUCAAAAUGACCUUUGAAAAUAACAGACGGUGGAAAGUCUCUUGCAUAUGACGCGAUAAAAGGGGUGAAAUGUAAACUGCGGAUUGAUUUGUAACAGUGUGAUACGGUCCGGCUUUAGGAGUUCCAGAAGAAGUAGCGGAUUCCAAAACUUUCUGUUUGCAACUCAUCGUCUUCAUAACAGUCCAUGUUAAGUCAUUGUGUUCUUAGGAAGACAUGGCUUAUUAAAGUGACCUCACUGUCACUCUAGUCGUUGUGCUUUGCAUUUGCAACGCACUUCCAAAAAACUAUCCUAUUCAGAAAUAAUGGGGUAAGUGAAAUUGUUUGUUCUCUUUAUACUACAGUAGUUGUGAAGUAUAAUGUGUUGAAUAUGUUAGCUUUGACACUGUAAUUGUUUCAUUAACCAUUUCUGAAAUUAUGUUGGGGUUAUUGUAAUGACCUUUUGGUCUAAUAGAGAUAUUUUGAAUCUACAGUUUUACAGUAGCCUACUGAGCUCAGAAGUGAGAACUGCCACUGAAAAACAUUUUACUAGUAAAAUCUAUAUUUUUCAAAUGUAGAAAUUUGCUCUACGUUAAAAACAUUAACACAUAACAAUAGUUGGAAUGAGAGGAAAAUAAGAAUAUUUUUGGGUAUUUGAUCUAUAAUACACAUAGGCUAACUAACAUGAAAGUUGUCUACUAUACUGUAGACACUGCUCUCCUGGACUGUGAAAUGGAUUAGAAUGAAUACAAUUUGAUAUGUUGUUGAGAUAUUAUAGUUGCAUUUAUGAGGGGAGUGAGUUUUCAUAGAGACAGUGUUAUAUAGCCCUGAAACAAAUUUCCUAACCUAACUUGUUUUCCUAAAGUUCAGUAGUUUCAUAAUAAGAAAACGGAGAUGUUGGUUUAUGCAUGCAUGUAAUUAUCAGGAAUCCUCAACCAUUUUUGGUCUGUGAAGACUCUGAUAAUUACACUAUUUGUACAGGUGUUUUUAGUCUGUGGUGGUUUUGGGGGUGUGGCAGUGGGGUGAAAUGGGGUGUUUGUGUGUGGAAAUUCAGUAGAGUUGUUGAUUGUUUUCAUUUGUAUUUUUUGUCAUUCACAGGUCUUCAAGUGUUCCCACCACUCUGUCCAUAGUGACGCUUCUCUCGAACCCUCGCACACUUAGUGCAUUUCACAAUUUGAACCGAAAUAAAAGACAUGAUGGCGGCAUCGAUCCUUCACAGGAAAAUUCCUCUUUUUUGCACGGUCGACCUCAUUAUUCCCUCUCCCCAACAAGCUAACAACAGCCAAUCCUGGGGAAGGAAGGGGGUGGAGUUAUUGGAGAGACCGCACAUAAUUGGUGAGUUACGGCAAGACGCUUUUUUAUUUUUCCACAUUCCAGGUGGAACCGCACUGCAGUACGAGCUAAUGUCGUACAGUGAGUAAAGCUAAGUGGAUAUUUUCCCAAUGAAGACGAUGGCAUUCAAUCAUUUUCAGAUGAUCGGUUAGUUUCGCAAGGAUAUUUUUUCUUCAUUUGUUUUCUACGUUUAUCGUCUUCGUUUUCAGAUUUUUCUACAUUUAUCAUAAUUUAUCAUCUGAAAUUAAAGGACUGUUUUUGUUAAUCCUCAUUAAAUUUUUAUGCCUACAAUAUGGACAUUCAAAUUAAAUAUUUUUAACACAUUUUAAUUUUCAUAGGUCAUGGUCAGACGGACUGGAUGACGGAAAAAGUUGAUUUGUCUUCGUUCCAGUCGACUACCGAAUCCUCUUCUAGCUCAUCUUCUCCGCCCUCACCAUUGGAACAUGAUGUCAAGGUGCCCUCUGACUUGGAGGCCAUGACCUCUCUUUUGCAAGAGGAGCUUGCUCAGCUUGAGGAUUACUUCCGGUCUGAAUCGACUUCAACCAAAUUGGAAAAAUCACCAAAAUGUGACAAAGGCGCCCAAGCAAUGGGUGCCCAUUCUUACUACCAGUUGCCCUAUGCUUCGUACAGUGGCAACCAAUCAGAAACCAGCCCACUGGUUGUUACUCUGGCAACAGGGGAACUCGACCGGGUGAGCUUCUGUGCUGGUCCCGUUGGAAGACCCAAAAUGGCGAGACCAGCCCCAUACAACUAUCAUCAUCGUUCAUACAAUACUUGCCGAAGAAUCGUUUCAGAUGGUGUCAACAAAGUUGGAGAGGAACUUGAGCAUGACACCUGGAGUGCCAAAGGAAGUUACUCAGGAAGCACAGAGGUGGCUGUUAACCACUGUUCUACAUUGAAGACCGUUGGGAAGAGCAUUAGCAGUGUAAAGAAAGUCAGAGAAUGUGGUGUAUCGUUGAAGGAAGAGGAAAGUUAUUGUUUUACAGAGGACAUUUUUUGCAGUGAAGAGAUGACCAGAGGUUUUUGUAUGGGUGGGUCCUUCGAUACCCACCCCAAGAGAGAAGGACAGUUGAUGCAUGGUAUGAAGGUUAGUGGCAGUGGUUAUGAUGGUAUGGGGCUGGAGGUCUUGCAUUGCAACAAAGAUGGUGGACUCUCUGAAAAUAUUCCUCAAGAGCCAGAGGCAAAUGAUGGCUAUUACCACCACCACCCGAACGUUGCUCAUACAGAGCCUUAUCGUAGCUUUAUAGGUGAAAUCGAAGAGCCUACACAAGUACAUGGUAUAGAGCCCCAGCAUGGCCACUACCUCUUUCCUGAAUGCCUUGGAGACCAAAGCUACGAAUGCCUGUCAAGAGGAGAGAGUGAGGGGCCAAUGGUGGGCUCGCCCAUUCACAGGCAAGCAGCACAGAGGCUAAAGGAAGAUCCAUGCUCCCUGAGCUGCCUCAAACCAGGCCUUGUCGCUGUCCCUCAGGAAGUACAUACCGGAGAACGGAAGCAGAAGAAGAGAGACCAGAACAAAACAGCUGCUCACAGGUAUGUUGUGAAAAAUGUACUGAUUUUCUCUGUGUUAUAAUGUUUAAAUAAAAACUGUGAUGAUAGAAUGUUUGGUAAUUUUUUUGAGUCUGACCAAAGAAACGUCUGUACAUUUUAAGUCAGCAGGGAAACUCAUCUUUUAAAGUUGAAAGACUGAACUUUUUUGUAGACUCUCUCAUCUCUGGUUUGAAUGGGAUAACUUUGGCUUUUCACUGAUGUGGUAGUGCUACUAGAAUUGCUUAGUUACAAAUGUGUUUAUAAAAGAUUAAAUCUGAACUCGUCUUCUAAUAGGUCCUGCUAUCUUGGAUGUUCAUAGAUACAUAUCUGGAAAUCUAGUACUUGAGGGAUGAGGGUGGGAAAACAUCUCCAUGUUAAAUUCAUGACAUUAACUAUCUCUAUAAUUAGAGAUAACUGAUAUUGAACUGCCAGCCUACUGUAGCUCAGUGACCCAGACAUGGUAGCUUCUACAAAGAUACAGAAAGGCCUGUGGUAGUUUUUUUUUGGACAGAUGGGAUGUUGUGGGUGUAGGACAGGGUUGGCAACUGCCAUUUGUGGUGGGGCGUGAGAGAAGGACAAAAUAAGGGGAAAAGAUGGAGGGAGGGGGGGGCUCCAACGGUAGGUGCAAGCUGACCCUGGUAUUUUGUAAACUGCAGGUAUCGACUGCGUAAGAGGGCGGAGCUGGACAUACUGGAGGAGGAGCUUCAUGGGCUGGAGGGACAGAACCGGGAGCUCCGGGACAAGGCGGAGUCAGUGGAACGAGAGAUUCAAUAUGUCAAAGAUUUACUCAUCGAGGUUUACAAAGCCCGUAGUCAACGCCUAAAGCAAGAUGCCAGUGCCUGAUCUCCCACCCACAACACCAGCACUCGCAUCAAGAGCACUUGUUUGUUCAAAAUGAUAGUUGCAUGAUUUUGGUAGUUUUUCUAAAUAUAUCAUCGCUUUAUUAUUGUUAGACAAUAAACAACACAAUGUACCUUUCCAAAUGUUUCCCUGAAUGACUUCAGGCCUUAGUUGAUGAAUUUAGGAGGAAACUAAACUGUCCGUGACCACUGUGACACUGACCUGCACUCACAGCCUUGUAAUGUUUUAGUUUGAGCUUGAAAUGUUUGAACCGUAAUAGAAACUAUUGAAUUAUGCCUGUGUUUAUUGACAGUCAAUGGCAGCAUAAAGGAAGGAACUUUUAUGCUGUGAUAUUGUAAUUUUUGUUUUAUUUAUUCAUUAAAGUAUCCUUUUGCUUUAAUGAAAUAUCCACUCAUUUGGUAUAAGGGAUUGAAGAAGGAAUGUUUCAAAUGCUGUGGAAAUGUUCAUUAAUAUAUGCUGCAAACUACUAGAACAUUUUAUUGCUAAAAUGCUGAUGUAGAACAUGUAGGAAACCACCCAAUGCAUGUUUGAUUGUUAAAAAAGCAUGAUUGAUUGUUAUUUGAAAUUGACAAUAUUAUUUUAACUGCAUGGCUUCAUGAUUUAAUGGUUUCCAUAGAGCAUUUUCUAAAGUCAUGCUUUAACUGUUUUAGUUCCAUUAGCUGACGACAACUACAGAGCUUUACGCUAAACUAUUUAUUCAUACUCAGGAUGUUUGUCCACUUUUACAUAAUGGGGAAAAUGUACAUGGCAUUCACUGUUUUAUCAUCUUGGGUUUUUCUUGGCUGUAUUUUGCGAAAAAACAAUCACCUGUUGACACAGCAAUAAAUUGUUGUUGGGCAUAAUGUCUUCAUGAUAAUCUUAUUUAAUGAAUAUGUGUUGAAUUCAGGUCUACUUGUUUGAUAGGUGACUCUAUCAGGUAACUAUCAGGUAAAUUGCAGCCAAAUAAACCAG